AUGAACUCUUCCACUCCUCGCGACGGCAGCGGCAAACACGGCGGCGGCGGCGGGCAUGGCAACUCUGGCGAAGACUCACGUCGCCGCACAACACUCGACGGCGAGCGCCUGCCUUUCCGUUCGAGAUGGGAUGUCAGCGGUCGGGAGAAGGGCACGAGCAGUGGCGGCAAUCGCGUUGAUCUGGCUGCGGCCCACCCAUUUUACCACGUCCACCACGAGCGAGCUCCGCGCAACGAGCCACGUCAAGAAGGUCUAGGACCGCAGGAGGAGGAGCACGAGUUCGCAUUUCCAGGUUGGCGGUCGAACAUAUUCGUACAUCGCCAGCGUACAGCUGAAGAGGAAAAACAACCACUUCCUGAUGGCCUUGUUGCCGACUACGAUGGCAGCACCUAUAGCCCAGCAUUAAACACCCGCACGAUCCAAGGCACCAAGCCAGACUCACCUGCGCCGCGCUACCACCGCUACCCAUACGAAGCACACCAGGCGCUCGCCUACGACAGAUCCGAUGCAAACGAGAUCCACGGGCGAUAUGUGCUCGGCAGCACUAGCCGCGGCUGGCUCACAACGCAGCAAAAAUAG